CGUUGACGCGUUUUUGUAGAAGACUUCCGCCACGUGGACGCACUAAGUUCAAGUUUCGCUAAAAAACAUCACCGCAAUUUUUUAUACAAAACAAAGGGCUUCCGGAAAGAAAUGCUCGAGUUGUUUGUCAUAAUAGCCAUGACACUAUCUGAAAGCAGCACCGAAACUUUUACAAUAGGUUAUUUAACGGGCUCGCAGCGGCGCCCCGGCGACCUGGAGUACCCCAGGCCCGGGCUCACCAUAUCCGGGGCCAUCUCCUUGGCCGUCGACGAGGUGAACCACGGCGAGCUGGGGGACCGCGGCCACAGCCUGGAUUUCAUCGUCGCCGAGACCUACGGCGAGGAGGUGAUCAGCGUGCAGAAGACGGCGGAUCUGUGGACGAAGAAUGUGUCGGCGUACGUGGGACCCCAGGAGACGUGCGAGCACGAGGCCUUCAUGGCGGCGGCGUUCAACUUGCCCAUGAUUUCUUACUUCUGUACCCACUACGCCACUUCCGACAAAUCGAAGUUCCCAACUUUCGCCCGAACGCGCCCCCCCGAUACCCAGAUUUCCAAAUCAGUGGCUUCGGUCCUAGUCGCUUUCAACUGGACCCACGUGGUCCUCCUGUACUUAAAGUCUCCGGAUUUCGAGUUCGGCAACAUCGCUGCUAUUAUUUUAGAAACCCUAGCCGGGGCCGGAAUCACCGUCAUCACAGCGAAAUACUGGGACACCCCAUACCACCACGGCUACGGCGAAAACCCCUUUUAUAAACUGGUCGAGCAAACCUACAGGGACACGAGGAUUUUCGUAAUUUUGGGGCACCACUACGAACAUUUGGGCCUCAUGGUCGCAAUGGAAGAGAAGAAACUGUUCGAUAAAGGGGAAUAUUUCGUGCUGGGGGUGGACAUCGAGCAGUACGACAGCAAAAACCCCUCGAAGUAUUUACGGGGUCUACUCAGGGAUGAAACGGAUCCAGUGGCUCAAAGGGCAUUCAGAAAUUAUCUCGGCGUGGUUCCUUCGAGUCCCGUGGGCUUUGAAAACUUUGCAAUACUUGUGAAUUCUUAUAUGGAGCGACCACCUUUUAAUUUUCCCAAUCCGCUUAGCUUCGUCGGGGGAUCAAAACGGAUAAGAGCCGAAGCGGCCUAUUUAUACGACGCCGUUCACCUCUACACCAAAGCCCUCCUGGAAGUCCUGGACGAGGGCGGGGACCCCAGAAACGGCACCGCCAUCGUCGACCACAUGAAAGAAACUCACUACAAAAGUGCAAUGGGAUACAUUGUUUACAUGGACGAAAAUGGGGACGCCGAAGGUAAUUACACCCUCAUCGCCCGUAAAACCUACAACGGAGACGAAGAAUUCGGAUUGUUCCCCGUCGGAAUCUUCGCCCUAAAAAGAUCCGACUCAAGAUUACCGGUUCUUCAUAUUACGGACACGAUCGAGUGGGUGGCGGGGCAGCCGCCGAUUGCGGCACCGUCGUGUGGAUUUCGAGGGGAGAAGUGCAUCACCCACACCAUGGAAAUAACAAGCGGCGUGACCGGAGGAAUCUUCCUCGUCAUUCUCAUAAUCUCGCUCGUCCUCUAUCGCAACUGGAAAUAUGAACAGGAACUCGAUAGCCUUUUAUGGAAAGUAGACUUCAAAGACAUCCAGAUCAAUGAGGAACCCAACUCCAACUCCCUCGGCACUAAAAUAACCCGCUCGAUCCAUCCCCUGAUAAGGACGAGCCAAGUGUCGCUUAGCUCCAACCCCGACGCGGAUUUCCGAUACUCGACGAUCUUCACCCAGAUCGGCAUCUACAAGGGCCGAGUCUUCGCGAUCAAGAAGGUCCACAAGAAGUCCAUCGACAUCACCAGGGAGAUGAAGAAGGAAUUAAAAAUGAUGCGCGACCUCCGCCACGACAAUCUCAACGCUUUCAUCGGCGCCUGCACCGACCCUCCCAACAUUUGCAUAGUGACCGAGUACUGCACCCGCGGCAGCCUGAAGGACAUUCUGGAAAACGAGGACGUAAAGCUGGACAAUAUGUUCAUCGCUUCCCUCGUGGGCGACAUUCUCCGAGGGAUGAUUUACCUCCACGACUCUCCCAUCCGAUUUCACGGUGCCUUGCAUGCAGCUAACUGCCUUGUGGAUUCGCGCUGGGUGGUCAAACUGGCCGAUUUCGGGCUACGGGAGUUCAAGCGGGGCGCCGAAGAGCCCGGAGUCAAGGAUCCGGCCAAAGUCCGGGAGAAAUGUUACAAUUUGCUAUACAAAGCCCCGGAGCUGCUCCGCUUGCAGGAAUCCCUAAUCACGAAUAACCACCCCUGCGGCACUCAAAAGGGUGACGUUUACUCCUUUGGAAUUAUCCUGUACGAGCUGCACAGUCGUCACGGCCCUUUCGGCAACAUCGAAUUAUCCUACACGGAAAUUUUAACCAAAGUGUUGCACUUUCCCGGCCCUCAGCCUUUCAGACCGCCACUUGAAGCUUUAGAAAACAGCUUCGAUUUCGUUCGGGAGUGUUUGAAGGAGUGCUGGGCCGAGAACCCGGAGGAACGGCCGGAUUUUAAAUGUAUACGAACCAAGCUGAGACCUCUGCGCAAAGGAAUGCGUCCCAACAUCUUCGACAACAUGAUGGCCAUGAUGGAAAAGUACGCCAACAACCUGGAGGUGCUCGUCGACGAGCGCACCGAUCAAUUACAAGAAGAAAAAAAGAAAACAGAGGCCCUGCUGUACGAAAUGCUGCCCCGACCAGUUGCCGAACAACUAAAAAGAGGAAACAAGGUUGAAGCCGAAAGUUUUGAUUGCGUGACCAUAUAUUUCAGCGAUAUUGUUGGCUUCACGUCCAUGUCUGCAGAGAGCACGCCGUUACAGGUUGUGGACUUCCUGAACGACUUGUACACUUGCUUCGACUCCAUCAUCGAGCACUACGACGUCUACAAGGUAGAGACAAUCGGGGACGCGUAUAUGGUGGUCAGCGGUCUUCCUAUUCGCAACGACAAUCAACACGCUGCGGAAAUCGCUUCCAUGUCCCUUCAUCUCCUCUCGGAAGUUAAGCAGUUUACCAUUCGACAUAGGCCAAAAGAGAAACUUAUGCUCAGAAUAGGAAUUCAUUCGGGCCCCGUCUGCGCCGGAGUGGUCGGUCUGAAAAUGCCCCGUUAUUGUUUAUUCGGCGACACCGUCAAUACCUCCAGCCGGAUGGAAUCCACCGGAACCCCCUUAAAAAUCCACUGCAGUAAAGAAUGCAAAGACCUGCUCACGAAACUCGGCGGCUACAACCUGGUGGAGCGGGGAAUCGUGUCGAUGAAGGGCAAAGGCGAACAACAAACCUACUGGUUGCUAGGUGAAGAUCCGUAUUAUCGAGCCAUCCGGAAAGAAGAGCGCGAGAAGCGUCGCCUGAAAGCUGAAGGGAAACCCUACAAGAACGGGCAAGUCGACAGCAACGGACACCUCAUCAUCACGCGCAGCUCCCUCAAGAACAAGAACAGCAUAGUCCGCAGCCCCAUCCCCAGGUGCUCGUCGUUCGAGAGCCCCAAGAAGCUGCGCUUCGCCAGCGGCGACAACCUGGAGAAGAAGAGCGACUCCAACUUCCUGGAGGUGAUUUCCGACAACAGUCCGUGCAAGAAGUCGGCGAAUUCGUUGGAUUGCUGCAGCGAGGCGUGGAAGACCUCCAGCACGUCGUGUCCGUGCAUCGAGAACCUGGCCAAUUCCGCAGCUACGCUGGCGCAGUCCCAGCUCUCUAUGCUCUACAAGGAGGAAAAAACGGUCAAGUUGACGCGACCGACGUGCUAUAGUGUGCCCAUGCUGUGCUCGCAACAGUUGUCCGUUCCUCACUGUCCUGUUAUUCACACGAUUUCGGCCCCGACGAGCCCUCGAAAACAGGAUAUGGUUGAUUUGAGCAAGUUUCCCGAGUGCGAGGAGGUAAUCCCCUGGGCGGACUCGACUCCGUUGCUCAAGAUUACUAAACCGCAGGAUUCCGAGACGUGUGUUUAAUGUAUAUUUGUGAUCGUUAUUUACCUUGACGUUGCAGAAGUGUCUAGUCAAAUGUUUUAUGUAUUAAGGGGAUUUAAGUACACGUGGAAAGGGUCGGUUUUGGAAAAGUACAGGUUUUCGGGAGGAGUACUAAAGUCAAUAACUUUUUUGGAUAGGGACGAUGUUGGGGAGUAAAAACAAUAUUUGUAGCUUCAAAACGACAAGACUGUUUAGGAUUUUUGAAAAAUGGAAACAAAAUUAUACAUUUGUUUCCCGUUUACUGCUUCCACGUGAUAUUUAAAUUUUACAUUUCGAAAUAAGG